UUUACUGCCGCCACUUCUAAUCGGUGCUUCACUGAUUUAUUAAAGCACCACAAAUCCUAUUUUCGGUGAUUAUUUCUUUUCACUCCAUCUUAAUCUCUUAAAGCACUAGCUUGAUCCCUUUUGUUAUUUUGCCAACCAAUCACCAUACAUCAACCUGAUAUCAUCAAAAACAGUAAGCUUUUCACCAAUUAAUCUCCUCCCCUUCAAAUAGUAAACGUGUUCCUUCACAUACUAUUUGAGUGAGAUCUAAUUCUCUACGGUUACCGAUACUGCUCUAACAGUAUUAAUUUCGUUGAAGCCAUAGUAAUAAUGGAGAAAUCCGAGGUCACGGUCCCUAUUACGGUUACUCUCAACGGCUCUAAUUAUGAUCAAUGGACUGAAGCGAUGUGUGGAUUCUUGAAAGGUCGGCGGCUCUGGCGAUAUGUGACGGGUGAUAAAACGUGUCCCACAAUCGCUGCUAAUGAACAGGCUGAAGCCUUUGCUGACAGAUUAGAGGAAUGGGAUAGCAAGAAUCACCAGAUCAUUACUUGGUUUCGCAAUACCUCAACUCCAGGUAUCCAUAUGCAAUUUGGACGAUUUGAGACAGCCAAAGAGGUAUGGGAUCAUUUAAAACAACGUUAUACUAUUUCUGAUUUAUCUCAUCAGUAUCAAUUGUUGAAAGAUCUUGGUAAUUUGAAACAACAAUCUGGUCAGCCUGUUUAUGAGUUUUUAGCACAAAUGGAAGCAAUAUGGAAUCAAUUAGCCUCGUGUGAGCCUUCUCUGAAAGAUGCAACCGACCUAAAAACAUAUGAGAAGCAUCGUAAUCGUAUUCGGCUAAUUCAAUUUUUGAUGGCUCUCACUGAUGAUUAUGAACCGGUGAGAGCAUCUCUGCUGCAUCAAAACCCUUUACCUACACUAGAGAAUGCUCUUCCUUGUCUUAAGUCUGAAGAAACUAGAUUGGGACUGCAUCGUCCACAAAAUGAUCUUGCCUUCGCAGCUACCAAUAAAACUACCAAUUUUUGUCGUCAUUGUCGCAAGCCUGGACAUUCCUUCUCUGAUUGCCCCAAUGUGGAAUGUCAUAAUUGCAUGAAAAAGGGUCAUAUUGCUUCAAACUGUUGUCGAUACUGCAAGACACCCGGACACUUGAUUCAGAAUUGUCCCACUCGCCCUCCGCGAUCUGAUCAAAAGAAGAAUCAACAACGUCCCAACUUUUCGAAGCCUGCACUUGCAACUGCUGCUGCCAAUAGUUCUGCAGAAUCCUCCCGGUCUACCUUUUCUGUCACUGAUCUUGAGUCUCUGCUUAGACAACUUCUUCCUUCUGGUAACGGUAAUACUCCCGCCGCUCUUUCGACCACACCAGGAUCCGCGGACGGGACAACUCAUAGGGACUGGAUGUAAGACCGGAAGGCUAUUUGAGCUCACUAAACUGCAUGUUCCUCAAGUGCCUAACAUAUGUGCCGCUUCCAAAGAUUCUUC